CGUGGAUUGUCAAGACAUACUAUCACGAUGAGUUCUGCAGACGUUCGUGAUAUGCUGGACCUCCCAGCCGAUGGGGGACUCCCGAGGCCCGCAAAGAAGCAAAAGACUGUAGAGAAGCGACCUGAGGGUAUCACUCGAGAACUGUUUGCUUUGCUCGGCGAGCGAGCCCCUCCAGUUGCGAUCACAGACCAUGUCAAGUUCAAGGACCGGCCGAAGCGAUCUCAUAGAGCCCAACCUUGGGAGUGGACGCCUUUUACAAAUCCUGCUAGAACCGACGGACUCGUGCUGCAUCAUUGGAGGAAACGAAAAGAAUCUCCUGCUCAGCCCACAACCGGAAAUGCGACCGCAGAUGGAGCCGGAGAAGCGCCACAGGAUGAACAGGCUGCGACUGGACCGAAAACUGAGACCGAUUACUACUACUCCAAGUUCAAUGUUAAAGUCAACGGGCCAGAUUACACCGACGAACAAUAUCACAUGUAUUUACGGAGCGAUGAAUGGUCAAAAGAAGAAACCGACUACCUCGUCAAUUUAUGCAUCGAAUACGACCUGAGAUGGAUUGUCAUAGCAGAUCGAUACGACUUCCAGCCUGUUACAAAAGAGGAACAAAAGGACGGCGAGGCAAGCGCGCUGAUACCGGCGCCCAAAAAAAGAACAAUGGAAGACAUGAAAUUGCGAUAUUAUGAGGUUGCGGCCAAGAUGCUUGCCAUUCAUCGGCCAAUAAAUACCAUGUCGACAGCCGAAUUCGAGCUACAUGAGACCAUGUCCAAAUUCAACGCCGUACAGGAAACGCAGCGGAAACAGCUCGCCAAUGCACUUCUCUCUCGCUCGCCGGAAGAGAUUAAGGAGGAGGAGAUUCUCUUGGGAGAGUUACGGCGCAUCGUCAGCAGGGAAGAGAGACUCCUCGCUGAACGUAAGGAGCUCUUUGCUCGUUUGGAAUCUCCACAGAGCAACGGCAAUACGCAACAGUACCAGUCCAGCCAGGGACUCGGGCAACUUAUGCAGACCCUUCUCGCAGCAGACAAAAAUAAGAAGCGCAGGACGCUUGUCGGACCCAGCGAAAGCGGCACCAGUCCCGCUACUGGCACGGCGGCGAACACGCCAUCUGGCCAAAAAGAAGGCCGCGAAGGAGGUCGCGACUCCGUUAGCGGCACCGCAAGCACAGUCAACAAGAAAGGCGCUGCGGCUGCGGCAGCCGCAGCAGCAGCUGUAUCCACGCCACCGGAAAGAAAACCACUCACCAAGCUUGAAGAGAUCCGAUAUGGUGUUUCGCAUCAUGAUCGGCUCACGUCCGGUGUGCAAUUCCGACAUGACCGCGUCAACAAGCUCGGACAAGCCAAAUCAAAUGCGCAGGCAGCCAAGAUCGCCGGCGCGCUUAACGAGCUUCAGAUUCCUCCGAGACUCGUUAUGCCCACCGCCGCUGUUUGCGGAGAGUACGAGCGACUCAUCCAAAACAUCCACACAUUGCUUGACGUACGGAAGCUCUCCGAAAAAAUUGAAGCAGAAAUCAAGGUUGCGAAUGCGCAGAAGGAAGAACGAGAACGCAAAGAGCGGGCAGAGCGAGGCGAGCCAGAACCUCCACCGGCCGCCGAAGCUCCUGCUGCUCCUACUGCGGCGUCCGAAAAGAGCGCCGCUCCUCCCUCCUCGGCCAACGAAGCAUCAGAACCUGUGCCAAAGACGGAAGACACAGAUACUUCUGCAAUCGCUGCAGCUCCUGAAGCCCCGGCCAGCGCCACUGAACCCGCUCAAGCACCCGCUCAAGCACCCGCUCCAACGGGAAGCGGUGGUGCCGGUCCCGCUGACCAGGAUAAGAAAGCGGACGAGAACCCAGAAGAUGCUGGAGGGGCAGGAACAGGCGGGCAUAAGCGAAGUGCGAGUGUCAUGAGCGCUGGUAGCAACAAAAGUAGUAAGCGCCAGAAAAGGUGAUCAUUUUCAGGAUUGAGGCAUAAGUCUAGCAGGAGUUAAGAUGACAGGGUUAUGGAGUUUGGUAUGGGUUACGGCUAAUAUCAUGACCUUUUAAUUUGAUUGCAGCACAAUUUAAUGGAUAUAUUUUAUACUCAGAAU